AAGAAUAAUACACUAUAAAGCAGCAAACCAGCUGUAAAGUCAUACCUAUUAACCGAAAGACACAUUUACGACUAGUAUUUGCGGAGAAUAUUUCUAUUUUGCUCAAAAACUUUUGAAAAUGACAUCUAUCAUACUGGCAAUUUUGCUGAUUACGACCACAUUUACAAGUGGCAUUGACUGGAACGGAAAUGAUUGGGCAAUGUGGUGUGAUUUCACUGGCAAUGAUCUAACAAGUGUACAAAUCAGAGGAGAAGAUUGUGGACCUCGAUGUAUUUUAACUCCAGGCUGCACACAUUUUACUUGGACCGAUUAUAAUGGAGGAACGUGCUGGAUGAAAAAGAACGGAGCAUCUAAAAACGAUGCAGUUCCAAAAUACGAUUCCGGAGCGGUUUGUGGGGUUAAUCCUGGCGCAAACUCUGGUGGCGGUGGAGGAGCACGUACAAUCACUUUCAAAAGUCGUUGCGUGGAACAAAUUUGGAUUAAUCCUUUCACCAGCGCUGAUGGACCUGUUUUAGGCAAUGGGGUGACACGUAUUAGUCCAAAUGGUCAGGUAACGUUCACGAUUCCUGAUUCGGGAUGGGCAGGCCGCUUCUGGCCAAAAACUGGUUGCGACAGUAAUGGUCAAAGUUGUACUGUUGGUCAGUCGGUUCCUCCAUGUCCGAGUACUGGAUGCCAACCUCCUGCCGAUACAAAGGUUGAGUUCUUCUAUCCACCAAAAAAUGAUGUGAAUAGCGCUGUUUGGUAUGAUGUAAGUUUAGUUGACGGUUACUCCUUGCCAAUGGAAAUUAUUCCCAGCAGACAACAAGGGUCAUGUGUAACGACCAAUUGUGCUAUGUCAUUGAACUCGUGUCCAACAAAUGAGAAUUCAGUGGGUGAUCUGCGGGUAAUGCAAAACGGUCGCGUCGUUCAAUGCUUAGCCCCCUGCAAGAAAUGGAAUUUCCCAGGGCCUUAUGGACUAGGCCAGUCUGAACAACUAUUUACCGGACAACAGUUUUGCUGUCCAACUCCACCGAUGAGCCCGGAACAAUGCAGAGCUGGUCAAGUGAUUAGAACACAAUAUGUGAAUUUGAUUCAUAGGGACUGUCCAACGGCUUACAGUUACGCGUAUGAUGAUGAAGCUGGAUUGCAUAAUUGUCCGAAUCCAAUUAAUUUCGAUAUUACGAUUUGUUAAGCAUUUCUACAUUGUUUAAGGGCACUUCUAAAAAAAGAACUUUAUUUUAUUCUAAGAAAUUAAAUUAUUUUCGUGAAUUGAAAA